CGUGAUGCGCGCUGCGCAAGGCUGCUUGUUGUUCCCGCAGAGGCGAGAAGAUGGCGGCCGUGUCAAGCGGAGGUGCUGCUGGGUCCGCUGCGGCCGGGAUUACGCACUCUGCCCGACCGACCCACGGAGUAAUGGGCUCACAAAACCGAGCCCAGCCAUCCUCCGGGAUCAGCCACUCCACUCGUACCAGCACGGCCGCUGGGUGCAUCACCAAUCCUGUCCACAAUUCGGUCACCAGGCCCCCCCCAGCCCGAGUGGGCUACUAUGAAAUCGAGCGGACCAUCGGCAAGGGAAAUUUCGCGGUUGUUAAGCUAGCCACACACAUCAUUACCAAAGCAAAGGUGGCUAUAAAAAUAGUGGAUAAGACCCAGUUGGAUGAUGAGAACCUGAAAAAGAUCUUCAGAGAGGUGCAAAUCAUGAAGUUGCUGAAGCACCCUCACAUAAUCCGCCUCUACCAGGUGAUGGAGACAGAGAGAAUGAUCUAUCUGGUGACAGAGUAUGCUAGUGGUGGAGAAAUAUUCGACCAUCUUGUGGCUCAUGGCCGUAUGGCGGAAAAGGAUGCCAGAAAGAAAUUCAAGCAGAUUGUGGCAGCAGUCCAUUUUUGUCACUGUCGCAACAUCGUCCACCGAGACUUGAAGGCUGAGAAUCUGCUCCUGGACCACAACCUCAACAUCAAAAUUGCAGAUUUUGGCUUCAGUAACCUGUUUUCUCGAGGCCAGCUGUUAAAGACAUGGUGUGGGAGCCCUCCGUAUGCCGCACCAGAACUUUUUGAGGGCAAGGAGUAUGAUGGACCUAAAGUAGAUAUAUGGAGCUUAGGUGUGGUGUUAUAUGUGUUGGUGUGCGGCGCCCUGCCCUUUGAUGGCAGCACUCUACAAAAUUUGCGAGCACGUGUCCUCAGUGGCAAGUUCCGCAUUCCCUUCUUCAUGUCCACAGACUGUGAGUACUUGAUCAGACACAUGUUAGUGCUGGAGCCCAGCAGACGGUUGACAAUGGAGCAGAUAUGUAAAAACAAAUGGAUGAGACAAGGAGACCCAGACCCGGACUUUGACAGGCUGAUAGCAGAGUGUGAGCAGGUGAAAACGGAGAGAGAGACAGAACUCAUCAACGAGCAGGUGCUGAUAGCCAUGUCUGAAAUGGGCCUGGACCGAGAACGCACUCUUCAGUCCCUACAAACAGAUGCAUAUGAUCACUACAGUGCCAUCUACAGCCUACUGGCUGACCGCCUCAAGAAACACAAGACCCUGCGUGUUGCCCAGCCCACACCACGCUCUAUUAGCUAUCCUCUUAAUCCUGUUCAGCAGACAGAUCCACAAAAUAAUCCUGUUAGCAUGACUGUUCCCCAUGUCCAGCUCAUUAACCCAGAGAACCAGAUUGUUGAGCCGGAUGGCAGCAUGGCACUGGACAGUGAUGAAGGGGAGGAACCAUCUCCUGAGGCCAUGGCUCGCUACCUUUCAAUGAGGCGCCACACUGUGGGAGUACCAGACCAAAGGACGGAGAUGCAGGAGGACCUCCAGAAAUUGCCACCGGGUUUUCCUCGUGGUGCAGUGCCCCAGCCCCCCUUCCCUUCACUGGCCCCCACUAUGGGGCAAAUGCAUACUCUCAUGCCCACACAGAGCCUGCAGCCCACACAGCAGCUGGAGUACAAGGAACAGUCAUUGCUGCAGCCACCUACCCUACAGCUGCUCAACGGCAUGGGGCCUCUGGGUCGAAGGGCUUCCGACGGUGGUGCCAAUAUUCAACUACACGCUCAGCUCCUCAAGAGGCCCCGGGGGCCCUCACCACUUGUCGCCAGCCCACACCCUAUCCCUGCAGUAGCUCCGGUGGAUGAGGAGGGUUCAGAUGGAGAGCCAGACCAAGAGGCAGUACAGAGGUACCUGGCGAACCGCUCCAAGCGGCACACGACGCACGCGCUCAUGAGCACGUCGCAUGGCGAGCCCUCUGCAGAAUCACAGCGGCCCCAGGGCCCCCGCCAGAGGGGGGGCUGGGCCCCCGACACACACACCCGAUCUAGCUAUAAGGACUGUAACACUCUUCACCUCCCCAUGGAGCGCUUCUCACCUGUCAGACGGUUUUCUGAUGGUGCCGCCACCAUCCAGGCCUUCAAGGCUCAUCUAGAGAACAGCAGCCUCAUUAAGCAACUUAAGCAGGAGUGUGAGCAGCUCCAGAAAAUGUACGCUGCCCAGCAGGAUGAGCGACUCCUGGAGCACACCCAGCAACAGCAUAUCCUCUACCAGCAAGAGCAACAGAUCCUCCACCAGCAAAUCCAGGGUCUGUCUUUAGGCCAUGGAGAGAACCAGCCCAGUCACCUAACCCACCAGCUUCAGAGGUUGCGAAUCCAGCCCUCCAGCCCUCCGCCAACACAUCCCAGCAACCACCUCUUCAGGCAACCCAAUCAGAGCCCUCCGCCUGGCUCUGCAGGCAUAAUGCAAGCGCACGGUCCGUCACCAGUGCAGUACCAGCACGGUGCUCCAGCACUGUACCAGGCCCAGAGUGGCAGCCCACCUCCCACCGGCCUGCCUCGAGUCACUCUACCAAGUGGUCAGCAAGCAGCAGGUGCUCACCCUACUGUCCCACUGGCACAGGGUGUACCUCAACAACAGCAGGUGACCAUUCAGGUCCAGGAAGUGGAGCUGGGAGGUGGGGCACAGAGACCAGGUAACUUCUUGUCCACGCCAGGAGGACACAGAGUGCUCGGGAAGCAGCUAAGCGCAGACAACGCAGAGACGCACAGUCGCAGCCUUGGCCGCUUCACAUCCGGCUAUGAGCAGGCCCAAUUCAAUCACCACCUCUUUUCUGCCGAUGCAGCCUCCCGGGGCACCUCCGGGGUAGUUGGCUCCUACAGCCCUUACCUGCAGGGAGCCUCACUCAAAGUCCCUGGCCUGGAGGGUUACCAGAGUGGGGCAGUGGGGACCAGCAGCUAUGGCACCCCCUCUACACUACAGCAGGCCCUACUCUCCCCGACUCCUUUGGACUACCGCCCCCCCCCCCCCCGCCGGGCCCUCUUCCCCCCCCGCCCCUCUUUAACAGGCCAUGCCGAUCCCAGGCUGCCACCACAAGACCUGGCUGCCUUGCUGAAGAGGCAAAGCCCCCGGCCAUGCCCGGCACCCCCCACCCCACCCAGUGGUCCACCCCAAGAAUAUGGAGAGAUGCUGCUUCUCCGCCAGCUGAGCCACGGUGAGAGCUUGGAGCCACCAGCACCACAGGGUCCCUCUGGAGGCCAACACUACCACCACCUCCUCCAGAUUCGACCCCCGGAUGUCCAGCCACAGCAGCUCCCAGCCCAGGCACCUUGCCCCAGCUUACCUCACUCAGAGAGCAUGGAAGAGGAUGAGGUGCCAACUACCUACCACCACCCACACGAGGGCCUGCUGGCUAAGGCAGGAGAAGGUCAUGAGCUCCUGGGGCCUCCCCGAGGAGGCACUCCGCCCUAUAGCUCUCCUACACACAGGCAUGGUGGCUACAUAAGGAGCGCUCCAGUAACAAGAGAAUCUGAGCAUGUGGAGUGCAGACCCCCUGGGCAGGCCAUGGAAGUGCCUGAUCAUAAUGGUGUGGGCUAUUCUCGAGCUCCCCAGGGUGACGCCUAUAGGUCCCGUGGACAGUUACAGCGCCACCACACCAUCCAGACCUCUGACGAUGCCUAUGAUCAGGCAGACCCCAUGUCUGGGAUGAGCCUAUUGGCCGGGAAGGCACUAAGCUCCGCUCGCAUGUCAGACGUCCUCAGUCAGACAUCACUGACAGGAAGCCAGCAGCUGCACCAGCGGGGAGAGUCAGUGUGUGAUAUCGAUGGGGAGCUCCAUGCAGCAACCUGCUACCCCUCCUCUUGCAUCAGUGACAUGCUCCACAGCUAUAAGCCCCCUGACCUGCAGUACAGUAUGGAGCAGGCUGGUGUCUAGCACAGGAAAGGGUGUGUCCUGUGUACAGUGGUCCAUAUCAGCCAUCCUGAGUUGUGUUGACUUGAGUUGAGCAGCAUCACGCCAAACCACCUUCGUCUGCCCGAGCGGGGGCGCGCUACGUCCAUCUGUCUGUCUCCAUCAGUCCCUGUGAGGGCAAUCUGCGUGGGAAGAGGGGUGGGGGACAUCAGAGGGGGUGGUAGGCACAGGUGAGGCCUCUGGAUUCAGAGGUCAAAGUGCCAGCAUUUUCUGCACAGACAUCAAGCAUUCGCUGCUGCAGGUUGUCUCCUCUUCUCACCUGCCAUCAUGGGUACAUUGGGGUUCCACUCUUCUUUCAGCUCGACCCCCUCACCUCCUCCCCCUACAAACCUGGCCCACAUGCCCUUCCUCUACCCACCACGCCCACCUGCUGCCCUGACUUAAACCUCCCCUUUCACCCUUCAUUCCCUAUUAACUGUUGGCAUACUUCUUUAUGUGCCUCCUUGGCCAACACAUUGAUACAUCACACUCACAAGAACAUGGAGUCCAGCAUCUCAACAAAACAUACACACUGUUGCCACAAACCCAAAGUAUUCACAUUAGGUGAGUGUGUGUGCGUGUGCGCAUGACUAAGAAGAAAGGAGGAGAAAGGUGUGUGUGAGGUUCAGUCUGCUCCUCCCUCUCUCCCCUCUCCUGCUGUCCUGCAGCAGAUCAUUCCGGAGUGGGCUGACAUGUCGGCAGCGGUGGCCACUUAUCAGCCAGGUGGCAGGUAUUUUGGGUCAGGUUCAAUUCUCUCCAAAGAUGGAGCUCAGUAACAUCGCACAGGACAAACCAGCUCUCUCAUUGUGUUUUAAUUCUUGUUCUGACUUUUGUUUUCUUUUCUAUUUUGUUUUAAAAUGUCAUUUUUACUGUUAAUGUCCAUGUAGGCAUUAUGUUCAUUAUUGUUACUCUUAUUACUAUUUUCUGUAAAAGAUGUUUUAUUGUAAUAAUAAUAAUUAUUAUUAAAGGAAAACAGUUCUGUGUUGCAAGGAAGACAGCAUUGUUUUUUUUUGGUUUCUUAAAUAAUUCUGCACUUUGAGUUUGAGCUGUCCUCUGUCUGUUUCCACCCCUCCUCACACUUCCAUGCUCUCAUGCUGUCGCCCUGCUUUUCCAUUCUAUCCUCCCCGCCUUGUGUCAGUCCUUUCCCCUUCUUCCUCUCACAUGUCAGUGACAGUGUAUUGCAUUGUGGGUAGUUUUACCAGACAUUUGUUCCUUUCCUUGUACAGUGAUGCCAUGUAUAGAACGCUGUUGAAAUUUCUGUACCAAAUUUUUUUUUUCCUUACUUUUUUCUCUUUGUUUUUAGAUGUUGGGAGGUUUUUUUAUACUGUUAUUGUUUAUCAUUUGUAUUUUUGAAUGUCUUCAAAAUGUUUUGUUUUUGUUUUAUCAAUCUUGAGAUUCCUAGCCAAAAGACGACAGAGAGAAGAGAGACGGUGCUCUUUGCUUGGUAAAAAAAAAAAAGAUUGUUCUUAUUUGUUUUAACAUUAUUCUAUCGAGAGACUUGAAUAAGAAUUAUUUUGUGUUGCUUUUUAAAGUAUUUCAGUUGUUGAUGUUGUGACUGUCAUCCUUGUUGAUGUUGGGGCUGUUUUCUGUUAAUGGGGUAGUAGUGGCAGGCUAUACAGGGUCAGGCUUUGGGCUUUGUCUGGGAUGGUUUGGGUGCUACAGAGACUUCACACUCUUAAAAAAAUGUGGGAAUAACUUGUAAAAUAGCUGACAUAUCAUCCUAAACAUCACAAGCGUGGAGAUGGACAAACCCACUUCUCUUUCUCUUUUUCUUGCCACUCCUACCUAUUUGCUGUGAUCCUCCCACCAUGUUUUACUGUAUCAGCUUCUGAUCGGAUGCCGCCUUACGGACACGGCCCCUCCUCUGAAGUUGGCCUUGUCACUAUGGCAACCAAGGAGGAAACCACAGCUACUACUAUUCCUCGCCUGGCAUCUCCCCUGAUUUGAUUUUCUUUAACUUAUCUUGUUACAGAUUUGCUUUGUUUCCCUCUCACGCCUGCUGGGGACAAUCGGCAGAGGUGAUUGCUGCAUUUCAUGAACGGUUUACCAGAUCAUGUUGUUGUUGAAUGCACAUGGACACACCUCCACACCAUAAAAGGGAAACAUUUCAGGAGGUGCCCUUUAGAAUGAAUUGGACUCCCAAAGCAGAGGAAUACAUGUUUGUGGGCAAAUGAGUAUUAAAUGUGUUUACCAAGAUCUGUAGCUUAAGCUGAGUCGGGUUCAAGAACAGCCAGAUGGUGGCUACAGCAUACUGGGGACUACAGCAGAGCAUUGACAUCCCCCCCCUUUUUUUUUUUGGAUGUUUAAAGUUUAAUUUCAUUGUUUGACCUCUCUUUAUUCUCCCACAUACAGUACCGCUGCAUCUUGAGUUUUUGGGUGCAUCAAGAGACUGUGGUGCAAAGAUUAAAGAUCCACUUGUGUGUGUAUACAGGCCCGAUUUCACAGUACCUGGCUGCACAGUUGACAUUGUAUGCUAUAAAUCUCUGACAGCUGUAGAUGGGGUCAUGCAGCGCCUGCGCUUUCCAUUUGCAUCAUGUCACUUCCUGUUUACCAUUCACUCUUUAUAAGGCAUCUUGUGAUUAGCUUUAGCGCUAAAUCCAAAAUUUUAAAACAAGUCCAUACAAGAGUAAGCAGUGGCAGUGUUUUCCAUUUCUUCCUAAAUCGGUCAGUCUCAUUAGGCAGAAGAAGCUUGUUGUUCAUUACACAUAAUUAUUCCCUCCAGCUCUUGUUCAUUCCUCUUUCAGAUCUGUUUCCUCUCAUUGUUUACACCAAGCCAAAACUAGGAUCUGAAAGAGAAAGAUUUGAGUAGUUCUCAUGUAACAGAGAAUACGGCCGGAACGGAAGACGUUGCAUGUCUCAAUCCACGGCAAGAUAGAAACUCUAAAAGUAAUACUGGUGGCUCUGCAUUGUCUAAGAUUGCGAGCAGUAUCAGAGCUGUUGUUUCAGAACGGUGAGAGUGGGGAAAGAGCGGAGGCACACAGGAAGAGACAGCUCGAGUGAAUGGAAAGUGCCGCACAUGAUUCAGAGGUGACGGGGGCGGAGAGAGAGCUGCUUCACACACGCCUUCUGCCGGAUCAGACUGACCCUUCUCCCCUCCAUUUCUUAACUCUUCCAUCCUGACCUCCCUUCUCAGCAAGCCAGCUCUCUGCUCCACUCCUGUUUCUUACAUUCAAUUUGUGUUCUAUUGGUUCAUUAUUUUGCCCUUUUUUCUGUUUUUAUCAUGUUCAUUUCUGUUGAGUACAAAAAUACUAAAGUGCAACAAUGAUUAAAAAGAAUAUCAACCAAACUGAGAUGAAUAAAUAAAUAAAUA